AUGUCGCUGUCGGAUUUGGUCUCUCAAUUGCAGAUCUUUUCGAAGUCUGAUUCCCACAGACAAGUCCUUGAUCUGGGAUCUAAGAUAUUGAGUCAAGAGCCUACCAAUGUUGCCGCUUUCAAACAAUGUUUGGUGGCCCUCAUCAACCUUGACAAUUACAAGACCGCCCGUGAAAUGCUUGACAAACACAGUGACCUUAUUGCUGAAAAUCGUGACAUCCUCGCCGUUGAACUGGCAUACAUCUACUACAAGCUAGAUGACGAAAAGUCGCUGGCAGAGCUUGUGGCUCAGGGAUCAACUAAUCGCGGGCUAAAACAUGUCUUAGCUCAACACUACUAUCGUGUUGGUAAAAACGAGAAAGCGCUCGAAAUAUACAGAGAACUGUUGAAUGGCACUCCACCAGAAGAAGUGCUGGAUCUGAGUGUUAAUGAACGCGCUGUGCUUUCGCAGAUGAAAGUGUAUUCUGAGGACAGCACCCUACAGCCAGUUUCCGCUCCACAUUCCAACUCAUACGAUCAAAAGUUCAAUUCGGCGCUAAUUCUCCUAAGGGACGGCGAUUAUGAGGCCUCGUUGGAGCUUCUGCGAGAAGCCAGACAGCAGUGUUUGGUAUCCCUUGCAGAUUAUGAAGAAGAGGAACAGCUGGAAGAACUUGCGCCUAUAGACGUUGAAAUUGCCUUUCUUACACAACUUUUGAGUGGUAACGAUGCUGCUAAGCCAUUUUACGACGAAAUUAACGUGUCGAAGCUCAAGAACCAGGUCUUGAAAGUUCUCAUCACCACCAAUCUUGCUUCCUUCCAACAUCAACCGUCUAAUGCAGCUUUGUUGUACAAAAACCUUGGAUUCCCCCAGUCGCUCAACAAAAUCCUUGAUAGAUUGGCGAUAAGGCAAAUAAGGGAUCUACAUCGCAAUGAAAUCUUGCUAGCAUACAAGGCUGGAAAAUCCGUUUCCAAGUCUGCAGCCAAGCACGAACAUCAAUUUCCAGAGUCUUUAUUGCCACAGGCCCUGGCUGCCAUAUCUAAAAUAACAGAGUUUGACUCGAAGAACCUCAAAUCAUUGGGCAAUGAAAAACUGGUAUUCAGAGAAGCGAUAAGAAAUCCACAGAAGCUGGGCUUGUGUUUGUUCGCCGCACAAUUGAGUGCGAGUGCCGGAAAACCUCAGAAUGCUGCUCGCGUUUUGGAGGCUGCGGUUGAAGCCGACUCGCCCGUGCUUCUCAGGCCAGCAGUUGCCUGUUUGCUUUUCGCAGUGUACGACAAGCUUGACAGAGAAAACGACAAAAUUAAGCUUCUUCUUAGCCUGUAUCAGCAUUUAAUUUCUGCAGAGCUCAAGACCGUCGACCAACUAAAACUAUUGAAAUUUGUGGCGUUCCAAAUGAUAACAUUCGACGAGCCAAAGUCUCAAGAACUAUUCCUAAAACUGCAGUCUGCGGUGUCUUCAGAUCCCCUGGUCUCCGUGGUUUUGGGCGGAGAAGCUGAAACUAGCUUGGGCAACGUGGAUCCACUGAUUUUAGAAGUUGAUACAGAUUCGCUACUUGAACAAGGUCUCCAGCCUUUGAUAUCAAAAACAUCUACCACCAAGACCAGUAAGGGAAUCACUAGAGUGGAAAAACGAAAGCGAAACAAACCUAAAAAGCUUCCUAAGGAUCUCUCCAAAAAGUUGGACGAGGAAAGGUGGUUACCAAUGAAGGAUAGGUCUUACUACAAACCAAAAAAGGGCAAGAAGGGCAAGGACACCCAAGGAGGUCUCGUUGACCAAGCCACAGAGGAGUCCCUCAACAUCGGUUCCAGCUCAUCGACGCCUGCCGUAGGCAAAAAGCAGGCCAGCAAGAAGAAGAAGGGGAAAAAAUAG